AAGGAAGAGGGCGGGUCCCCGGUCGCGGUCUCCGCCGCGGCGGGCGCUGCCGGCGGGUCCCCGCACCCGGGCCCGGGCACGCGCUGCCCCGCUCGCCGUGAGCUGCCGGGGCGCGCUGGGGGCACCGAAGGAGCUGCGGCCUGUGCAGCGGCCGCUGCCGGGCUCCCGGACCCCGCUGUGAUGAGCAAGGCACAGCUCGCAGGCUGCCCCGCGUGUGUGUCACGGAAACGGGUGUAAAUGAACCUGGUGCUCCGGGGCUGGUGCUCCCGACCCGACCUCGUUAAUUGCGGGGGCGUCCGCAGGGGCCGGCGGACCCGAGGGGAGCCGGGCUGCCCGGGGCCCGAGGUGAAACUGCUCCCCCGGGCUCCCCCAACAGCGGCUCUGGAAGUUUUCUGAAAAUAAACGAGACUUGAGCGAGCUUCCCGUUAACCGGAAAACGGGAGGGAUUGCAAGAGCAGUCUCUGCACGGAGAGGAGCUCGUCCUGCUUGGCGCGGCAGGCAGCGCCGUUUUUACAUCGCACCUGCCCUUCUCCCCGUACGAAAUGAACGGCGGUGGGAUCCUGCACUGCCCAGGCUCGUUACUUCUGGGCUGUGCCCCCGGCGCUGUGGAGACUGAGCUCAGUGCUUUCUGGAUGAGGCUCGGUGACUAAUCAAAGAACAGCACGCUCAGCUGUACAAAAGUAGAGGGUUAGAGACUGGGAUCCUGCUACUGACCCUGCACAUCUGGACAAGCUGCUGCCUCAUUUUCUUCUAGCUCGUUAAUCCUCCCCCGCAGCGCUUUGGGGUCAUUAGAUUGGAAAUGCCGAGCGCAGUUGGAGGCAGGUUUCCAGCAGGUUUCUCUCUUGUCUUCCUAUGAAGUCGUGGUCCCGCAGAGGCUGGGAAGAGAACGGCGAGAGGCUUCCAGCGUCUCCUCAGCGCAGGACAAGGUGUCGUAUGCAGUUGAGAUAGAGGGAAAAGAACACACAAUACAUCUAGAAAAGAACAAAGAACUGCUGCCCAAAGAUUUCACAGUUUAUACCUAUAACAAGGAGGGAAAGUUGCAGUCUGAGCGCCCAGAUGUCCAGGGGUUUGGUGACAAUAGGGAACAUCACCUACGGGAUUGAGCCCAUGGAUCCCUCUUCUGGCUCUGAACACAUUUUGUAUCGGUUGGAUGACGUGAAGAAGGAGCCCACGGCGUGUGGGGUAGCGGCCGCGGAUGGCGAGAGGGAGCGCGCAGAGGACCCCCGUCCCAGCGUGACGCAGCUGCUGCGGAGAAAGAGAGCAGUCCUGCAUCAGACAAGAUACGUGGAGCUGUUCAUAGUUGUGGAUAAAGAAAAGUUUGAGGAUUUUGGGAAGAGCGAAACAGAAGUAAGAGAGCACAUGGUGCAGCUGGCAAACUUCCUCGACAGUAUGUACAUCAUGUUGAACAUCCGCAUUGUGCUGGUUGGUCUGGAGAUCUGGAAGUAUGAGAACGUAAUUAGCACAGACGGAGGUGCUGGCGACGUGCUGGCAAACUUUGUGCAGUGGCGAGAGAAGAAUCUGGUGCUGCGCCGGCGACACGACAGCGCCCAGUUCGUUCUGAAGAAGGGCUUCGGGGGCACGGCGGGAAUGGCCUAUGUCGGAACAGUGUGCUCCAAGAGCCACGCGGGAGGCAUCAACGUGUUUGGAAGAAUCAGCAUACAGAUGUUUGCGUCGAUUAUGGCUCACGAGCUGGGACACAACCUGGGGAUGAACCACGACGAUGAACGUGUGUGUCACUGCGGAGCAAGCAGCUGCAUCAUGAGCUCUGGAGCAUCGGGAUCGAGGAACUUCAGCAGCUGCAGCGCAGAGGACUUUGAGAAGCUGACUCUUAACAAAGGAGGCAGCUGCCUGCUCAACGUUCCCAAGCCUGACGAAACCUACAGCAUCCCGUACUGCGGGAACAAGCUGGUGGAUGCCGGGGAGGAGUGUGACUGUGGUUCGCCAAAGGAAUGUGAAAGCGACCCUUGCUGUGAACCGGGUACCUGCAGACUCCGGUACGGUGCUCAGUGUGCUUAUGGGGACUGCUGUAAAAACUGCAAGCUCCUUUCUUGGGGAACUGAGUGUCGUGCGAGUAACAACGAGUGUGACCUCCCCGAGUACUGCAACGGCACGUCCCAGUUCUGCCAGCCGGACUUCACCGUGCAGAACGGGCACCCGUGCCACCACGAGGAGGCCUACUGCUACAACGGCGUCUGCCAGUACUAUGACGCGCAGUGUCAGGACAUCUUCGGCUCGAAAGCCAAAGUGGCCCCCACAGUUUGCUUUGCUGAAGUGAAUUCCAAGGGUGACAGAUUUGGCAACUGCGGCUUCCACGGGCAUGACUACAAGAAAUGCUCCAGCUGGAACGCCAUGUGUGGGAAGCUGCAGUGUGAAAACGUGAAGGCCAUGCCUGUUUUUGGCAUUAAGCCCGCUAUUAUCCAGACUCCCGUCAAAGACACCAUGUGCUGGGGGGUGGAUUUCCAGCUGGGCUCGGAUGUCCCGGACCCGGGAAUGGUGAACGAAGGCACCAAAUGUGGUGAUGGAAAGGUCUGCCGGCACUUCCAGUGCGUGAGCGCCUCGGUCCUCAACUACGACUGCGACGUGCAGCGGCAGUGCCACGGCCACGGGGUGUGCAACAACAACAGGAACUGUCACUGUGACGCAGGCUGGGCCCCCCCCUUCUGUGACAAAAAGGGCUACGGGGGAAGCCUGGACGGUGGCUCUCCUUACCAUGACACCUCGCUGAGGAAUGGGCUGCUCGUGUUCUUUUUCCUGGUGCUGCCACUGCUCGCAGCUGCUGCUCUGGCGUUUGCCAAGAGGGACAGGCUGAAGCGAUGCUACAGGAGGUUAAUGUCACGCUGCCAUUCGUCCCGCCAGCCGCCGCCCCCCCGAGCAGAGGAGCAGCGAGCCCUCCCGCAGCGGGGCGUCCCGCACGGCGCGCCCUUCCCUGCCCGCGCCGCUCCCACGAAUAUGGAACCGAACACCUUUCCUGCUCCAUCGUACCCGGUUAACCAGCAUCCUCAGCAGGUGUACCACCCGCCCUACUACAGGACCCCGCAAUACCAGGCACCGCAGCCGCAGAAGCUGCCGACAAGGCCGCCGCCCCCGCAGCAGAGGAGCGCUCCUCAGGGACCCCAUUACCUCCCGUCCCGGCCGGCACCGCUGCCUCCCAAAUAGCUGCUGGCUCCGGGGCUCCUGUGAGCCGACGCGUUCGCCGAGACGGGGCCGGAGCCGCGGUUUUCCCUCUGGUCGUCCCGGACACCGGCCUCCCGGGGUAAGGCAGACGAGAUACGGAAACGAGGAAUGUGACCCUUCAAACGAAAUACCUCUACCAGCGCCGCGGGGCUGCGGGCGCCCGGCCCCUCGCUCGCGGCGCCUUUGCCAAGCGCGCGCUGCCCAGCGGGACGCGCCUGGGAGUCGCUUUGGGCUCCCCCGUUCCGCGAUGAGCCCCGAUAACGAAAUUGCCUGGUUUCUAAAUGCGCAGUGAAGGACUGAAGUUGCCCGUGCCCGUUUCAGAACAAGGAGUUCUGGCUGGUUAAUUUAAACCUCUUUUGCGUGGACUGGGAAGUGUUAUCCAUUUCCACAUUGACGGCACAGGUGAAACAAGGUCUCAGCGUACUUUUUCAGAGGAAGAUAAAUAUACUGUAAACAUGUUUAUGCAUGUAUAUAUGUUUAUUGAUGUGUAAUAAUGCACUUAAAUUCUUACUUUCAUGCUGACUGACAGUAAGCUGUGCUGUAUGAGCACUAAGUUUAAUGGUUUUAGAUUAGUAAUCAUGAGUUGCUAAACGAGAAUCCUUUACUAAUUUCCACUAAUACCAUGAACGAGCAAUGAAAAUCAAGGUACGAAAUGACACGGCCAUACUUUGGUUUUAAAACCCAGGGUGCUCUUAGGUUUUAAUGUGAGUCCAAAGCCUGAGCAGCAGUCCCUGCAGAACAGGGAGAAGCCAAGGCCGUCUCUGCCCAGACCCCCGGCCCCUCUGGGCUCCUCAAACAGGAGCCCGGUCGCUGCUGCCUCCUCCCGUGCUCAGAGCUGGCCCGUGGGGGUCGGGACGUGGACACAGGCCCUCGCCUUAGGCCGGACCGCCAGCCUUUCUGCACCGCCCGCUGAGCCGGACUGUGAGGCUGUGCCAGCGUUGGGCGGGAGCCGCGGUGCCGCUGCUGCUCACAGGUAGAAUCUGUUACACGGACUUGCUAACAUGGAAUAAGCACCGGAAAGAGUGCUUGGCUUUUCACUUUGUGCCAGCCCCCGAGUGCAAACUCACUCUCUAAAACCCCAUAGUAUCGCCAAAAGAAUUAUUUUCCUCUGUAAAUACAUAUACAAAUAUAUAUAUAUAUAUAUAUUUAUGGAGUGUUUGCAUUUGCAGUAAUAAAAUACUUGAACUCCUGUGAUUUCCCAUAAACUAAGAUUUAUAACACUAUUAAAAUCUGUAAAACAUCACCUAGAAUAUCACCAGACAUACUUGUGGGGGUCUUCUGUUUGUCCCAAGAUAAUUACUUCCUACUUCUCCUCGCUUUGGGCUGUCUGUCUCUCUGUCUGUCUGUCCGUUGCUCGGCAGCUGCAGGCGGCAGCUCCCGCGGGACAGGAGGGGACGCGGGGCAGCCAGCGGGGGGGAUGCACUUCAUUGUAUUGAACCCAAACUAUGCUGAAAACGGUGCCUUUUACUCGAUGAGGUUUUGUACUGCGCGUGGGCCAUGCCGGCAGGGUGGCGGCGCGGGGCAGCAAUCCGGGGGAAGGAAACAGCCGGGAUUUUACAUGUGCUGAACAAUGAGAUGACUACUGACUUUCCUUUGUAAGUGUGCACCUGUCCCUGUGCCCGCUGCUGGGGGGACACAGUGACACCCCGCUCUGCUCCCCGCACCGCUCCGGGCUCCGGCAAAGGGCUGUUCCCCACCCCGUGUGAGAACGAGCAAUAAAGCUGAGGUUUUGUACA